AUGCCUUUCCACAACCCGCUCGCAAAACAGCCAGAAUCGUACGUCAAGAAGAAGGAGUACACGUUCAACAAGACGCUAGGCGAAGGCACCUUCGGUAUUGUCAGGUCGGCGACAUGGAAAGCAGCAGAUCCGCCCAUCAACGUGGCGGUCAAGGUGAUCAGCAAGCGUAUCCUGCGCGGGCACGACGAGAUUGUCAAGGAUGAGAUGAACGUGCUCAAGGGUCUGGACCAGCCGCACGUGGUCAAGUUUCUGGAUUGGUUCGAGAGCAAGGACAAGUACUACCUGGUCUUCGAAGAGGCGACCGGCGGCGAGCUGUUUGAGCGCAUCCUGUCUCGCGGGCGGUUCACCGAGCUGGAUGCGUGUCGUACCAUUCGUUCGGUGCUCUCGGCGAUCCAAUACCUACAUCACCACAAGAUUGUGCAUCGCGACAUCAAGCCCGAGAACAUCCUGUAUCGAACCAAGGAGGAGGACGCCAACGUGGUGCUGGUCGACUUUGGCAUUGCGGCGCACAUGAAGGACGACGACGAGGUGCUCACCUCGGUGUGCGGCAGUUUCGGCUACGCAGCGCCCGAGAUCCUCGCCAAGAAGGGUCACGGCAAGGCGGUGGACAUGUGGAGUCUGGGCGUCAUCACGUAUACGAUGCUGUGCGGCUAUACGCCGUUCCGCUCCGACGACGCCGCAGCGCUCGCCGCCGAGACGCAGCGCGGCAAGAUUGAGUUCCACGACCGCUAUUGGAAAAACGUCAGCCAGGAAGCCAAGGACUUCGUCAAGGCGUGUCUCACCGUGGAUCCCAAGAAGCGCAUCACGGCGGAUGAGGGCAUGGCGCAUCCCUGGCUCACCGAGCACAGCGCAGAGACGCAGGGCACGCACGACAUCUCGGCUGGACUGCGCGAGAAUUACCGCAAGCGUUGGAAGUCGGCCAUCGCAGCGGUGCGCGCUUCGACCAAGUUCCGCACCUUUGCCCAGCUCGCCUCGGAAAGUCGAUCGGCUAGCCAGUCGUCCCUCCAAACGGGCGGGUCGGAUUCGACGGACAGCUCGAACGCAUUCGCGGGUGAAGCAGGCAAGAUCUCACCUCCGACGAAGAGAGAGCUGUAUAGCGAGGACGAGGACGAGGAGGACGGGGAAAACAACGAGUUCUUCGACUCGGAGGAUGGCACUGCGGUGAAAGGAAAUUUGGAUGGGUCGUCGGAGAAGCUACCGAAGAAGGAGCCAGGGCUGGUGGAGAAGCUUGAGGGCAAGUUGGAGGAUAUGCAUCUUCGCUCGCCGAGCAAGUAG